AUGGAACGCAAUGGUGGAACUUCCGGCUACAAUGAGAAGAGAACUUCGGAGAAUUCUACUCCUAACGAAUUGAAAAAGCCUACAGAAAAUAACACCAACAAUUCUGUAUUUGUCAAUCAUGCUGCUAUUGCAUGGCAAGAGAGCAGAAGAAAAUGGAUUGGAGACAUAUCUCAGAGGUCAGAAAGGAUGCCAAAGGAUCCAAUUAUAAGCUGGUCAAUGACCUACGAAGAUGUACUCUCAACUAAUGAAGCUUUCAAAGAGCCAAUCCCUUUACCUGAGAUGGUGGACUUUUUGGUCGACAUCUGGCAAGAUGAGGGUCUUUUCGACUAG